UUCUAUCAUAUAUAUGGCACGACCAAUUUCCCAUGCGCUGCUUUGGCGAUCAAUCUGCAUAUUGUCUGUGAUAACAAGUCUUGCUGCCACUACCACCUCGCUCUCUUUCUUCCACAAUUUCUCCGAUCCAGGAACCUUUAGCAGCGGGGAUCUGUACUUUGAAGGCGAUGCAUACGCGGCUGAUGGCUCCAUCAUUCUUGCCAUGGAGCGGCUCACUGGGAACACCACCUCGAGAUCCGGUCGGGUGUCCUACAACCGUCCCGUUCGUCUCCGGAGCGACGACGCCUCCGGCGAGGUAUCAUCCUUCUCUGCGAGCUUCUCUUUCGUCGUCGUCAACGGCAGGCCGAGGCAGAGGCAGGCUCCGGUAGACACCGGCGGUGGGCUGGCAUUCUUCGUCGAGCGUUACCCGUCAAGGAUGCCGCCUAAUUCUCAAGGUGGCUGCCUCGGUCUCUUCGACCGCACCACGGCGACCUCUGCCGAUCCGAUGUUGGCCGUGGAGGUAGACAGCCACGGGGACUUCGGUUGGGACCCGAUUAUGUCUCCCCACAUAGGCGUGGACAUCAGCACGCUCCAGUCCGGUAAGAACAGCUACAAGGCUGUCGAUGGGAUCGUCGACGGCGCUCCUUACAUUUUGCAGAUAGACUACAGCGACGUCACGAAAGAUCUUGAUGUGGUGCUGCGUUCUUCUUCUUCCUCUUCCACUGCCGGCGUCCCUCUUGUCGCCUUGAAGAAAAGCAUUGACUUGAGUGGAUUCCUGCCGCCGGAGUCGGAGGUAGCCAUUGGCAUCUCCGCGGCCACCGGAGCCUCAAAUAUGGCAACCCAUCACCUGCUCUGGUGGUCGUACGACACAAGCACAAAUCGCUCCAUUAAUUCGUCAUCCCUGACCUCGGCACCAGAUGCCCCCGGAACCCUCGUCAAUCCGGAUUCCCCUUCUCUUCCACCAGUGGACACAGACCCAGCUUGUGCUACAUCUGGAGGAUGGAAUCACAGUCACAGAUUAGUAAUCGUUGGGGUUGUUGUCUUCGCUGUUCUGUCCAUAGUCACUGCCGCAGUGGUUACAUUGCUUUGUGUAUUGCGUAGAUUAACUGUUAAAGGGCGUUAUGGAUCCGACAUUUCACUUGAGCUGUACCUGUCUGCCGAUAAACUCUUGCCAACUUCUGAAAGGAUACCUUCCCAAGUAUAUGGAGAAUUUGUCACCAUCCAACAACUCGUAACAGCGGCGUUCUAUGGGGUCGGAAAAAUGAUCAUGCGGUCAGUUACGAAGACAAACGAGGGACAGCAUUAUCACUUUGACACAGUGGUCCCUAUUGCCCUACAACUAAGUCAUCGAAACCUUCUACGCGUCCGGCAGUGUAUUGCAGGCGAUGAGGAUGAAGAUUUUUUUGCUUGUAUAUGAAUAUAUGCCAAAUGGACGUCUCAGCGAUUAUCUCUUAAAACCAGAAAGGCAUCUGACAUGGUCGAUGAGGCUAAAAAUAGCGCUCGGCGUAGGCUCGGCGAUUGAAUACCUGCACGGCCUGUACCGUCCGUUGCGGCACGGCAACAUCAGGGCGGACAACGUGAUGCUGGACGAGUUGUUCAACGCAAAGCUCGGUGGUUUCGACGCAGCGGCGUCAUCCAAGGGAAGCCUGUCCGACGAUGUGUUGGCGUUUGGUGCGUUGCUUCUGGAGCUAGUGCGCGGCCGGCGGUGUCAGACAACUGCUAGUGCCUGCUGCACGAAUCAUCAAGCAGUCAAUGCUGCAAUCCUGGACUACGAUGAUCAGUGCCUUGACGGACAGUUUGACAGAGAGGAGGUACAGCGUGUGAUGUUGGUUGGGCUCUGGUGUUCGCACCCGGACAAAUGGCAGCGGCCGACCAUGGCACAAGCCCUGAGAUAUCUAAUGUCGGAGGACCCGUUGCCAACGGCCAUAACUGAGCAAGCUUCCAAGUCGGUUGCAGACUUUUGGACACUGUGAUUAUGGAAGUGUUUGCUAAAUUUGGUUGCAAGUUUAGGAAUAGAACUGAGACGCCGUGCUGGUUCUUUCCAUUUAUCUAAUCUUUGCUUGCUCGUAUGUGGCAAAGUGAUUUUUUUCUGUAUCGAACGGCUUGUGAGCCAAAGUGAUUUUCUUUUCACUGACCUUGUGAGCCAAAGUG